AUGAAGAGAAACUUAAAUGAAAAUUCAAUUCGGAGUACAGCAGGAUGCUUGCCUGUACCAUUGUUCAAUCAGAAAAAGAGGACUAGACAGCCCUUAACUUCUAAUCCACUUAAAAAUGAUCCAGCUAUCAGUACUGCUUCUGAUAGUUAUGAUUUCCCUCUUCUACCAACAGAUUGGACCUGGGAAACUAUGAAUACAGAGUUGCCUCCUGUAACAAAAACAGUGAACACAGGUCAAAUACUACAUUCUGUUUCUCCUCCCCUGAGAAGUCAAGAUUCUAUGUCUAAGAAUGUUCAAAUAAAUACUGAAAGAAACAAGAGUAGCUGGAGCUAUGGAGAUGAAAACAAAAAUACCAGCUUAAAAACUUGGGGUAGAAAUGAUUUUAGACCUCAGUACAAACAAACAACCCUAGUGGCAAGUGAUGGAAUAGAUUCUUCAGUGAGUUUGGGAGCUCAGCCACAGAAAAAGUUAAGAAUAUCUGAACCUCCUAAGUUGUCUCAUCAGAGAGAAACUGAAGUACUCCAACAAACACAUUCAUCAAAAAUACUUGACUCCACGAGAGGUCUAGAUAAAAACAGUGCAUCUCAGGCCAUUAAGUCCAACUUUCAACAAAAUCAAUUUAAAAAGAAAGCAGAGGCUGUUCCAAAAGAAAGUACUCUCAAGGAAACCUCAACAUAUAAGAUACAAUUUAAAGAAAAAGAGAAUCCUUUAAGAAUUAUUUCUGCAGUUAUUGAAAGCAUGAAAUACUGGUGUGAACAUAUAAAGAAAACUGUGCUUCUUUUUGAAAUAUUAGCUGUUCUUGAUUCAGCUGUUACAUCUGGUCCACAUUAUUCAAGGACCUUUCUUAUGAGAGAUGGGAAAAAUAGUCUGCCUUGUGUUUUUUAUGAAAUUGAUCGUGAACUUCCAAGACUGAUCAGAGGCCGAAUUCACAGAUGUGUUGGACACUAUGACCUGAAAAAGAAUAUUUUCAAGUGUGUUUCUAUCAGACCAGCAUCUGUAUCUGAACAAAAAUCUUUUCAAGCACUUGUCAAAAUUGCAGAUAAUGAAAUGAGACACUAUACGACUAUAAUGAAUGAAAUUUAA